GGUCUUUCUCUUCGUCUCUCCUCUCUCUUUCUUUCUUCAUCCGUCUCUCCUCUCUCUCUCUCUCUCUGUAUAUAUGAAUGUAUAUAUGCAUGUGUACUGUAUGUGUAUAUAUGUUGCCAAGAACUGCAUGGAGUUCAACUAUCAGAUUCUCCUCCUGUUGCUUGCAUUUUACAAUAAACAAAAUGGUACUUUUGAAAAAACCCUUUUGCUUGAGUGUCAAAAAUACCCAAAUCAGCGAACAAAAUUGUCAUUCCAACAUCCACGCGUUUGUACUGAUUUUUUUUUUAUAGGCAAUAUUUGUACCGAAUCUCUGAUUGAAUGCACUGUGAUUAUUUCAUAAUUCAUAGGGAGAUGAGUUCAAUGAGCAGUAUGGGUUCGAGUUCAACUAGUGGUACUAGUACACCUGUUGAUCACGAUGAGAAUGCUCCCCUAUGGGAUUAUGUGACUAAAUUAAUUAAAAGGGGUGAAGGGGGUAACUGUAGGCAUUUCAAGUGCAGUUUAUGUAACAUUGAAUUUCAGGGGUCAUACAUGAGAGUCAAAGCCCAUUUGUUGCUAACUAAAGAUAAAGGAAUUAGAGUGUGCUCUGUUGUGAAGGAGAGGUCUGAACUUCUUGUCGAAAUAAAAAAAGCACAUGAAGAAGCUGAGAAAAGGAAAAUUCUGGCUCAGCCUAAAAACGUUCCUCUACCUCCUCCAUCUACGACAAUUGGGGGUGUUGGGGGUUUUAGAUUGGAGGGUUAUGAUCCAGAGCCUAAGAAAAGAAAGGCAGCGGGGAACUCUCCCUUAGAGAAGGCGAUGACUAUGGGUGCUCGAGAAACUUUGCAUUCUCAUAUUGCUCGUAUGUUUUACUCGGCUGGCUUGCCUUUCCAUUUGGCUAGGAAUCCAUAUUUUAUUGCUGCUUUUCAAUUUGCUGCUGAGAAUAAUAUUCCGGGGUAUGUUCCUCCUGGUUAUAACUUGUUGCGGACUACACUACUUCAAAAGGAAAGGGCACACAUUGCAUUGUUGUUGGAGCCAAUUAAAAAAACAUGGAAUGAGAAGGGCUUAAGUGUUGUUGCCGAUGGAUGGAGUGAUGCACAAAGGAGGCCUCUCAUUAAUUUUAUGGGAGCAUCUGAUGGUGGAGCUGUUUUCAUGAGAGCUGUUAAUUGUGAGGGUGAGACCAAGGACAAGACCUUUAUUGCUAAGCUACUUGGUGAAGCAAUUAAUGAAGUUGGACCUCAGAAUGUGGUUCAAGUAAUAACCGACAAUGCUCCCGUUUGUAGUGCCGCUGGAUCAAUCAUUGAAAGUAUUUAUCCGAAAAUCUUUUGGACACCAUGUGUCGUGCACACACUUAAUCUUGCUCUUAAGAACAUGUGUGCUCCAAAAGAAACUGGAGUUGCUGGCUUUGCAUUUGAUGAAUGCCUUUGGAUUAAACAUGUGAUUGAUGAUGUGAUGUUUGUGAAAAAUUUCAUCAUGAACCAUUCAACGAGAUUGCCCAUAUUCAAUGAAUUUGUGUCCUUGAAGUUGCUUUCCAUUGCCGACACAUGUUUUGCCUCUUCGAUAAUUAUGUUGAAAAGGUUUAAACUUAUUUCUCGCGGCCUCCAAGCGAUGGUGAUAAGUGAGAGGUGGUCUUCCUAUAGAGAAGAUGAUGUUGGGAAAGCAGCAUCAGUGAAGGAGAAAGUGUUAAGUGAUAUUUGGUGGGACAAGAUUAAUUACAUACUCUCUUUCACAUUGCCAAUCUAUGAGAUGCUUAGAUUUUGUGACACCGACAGGCCAUGUCUACACUUGGUAUAUGAAAUGUGGGAUUCAAUGAUUGAAAAGGUGAAGGCAUCCAUUUAUAGGCAUGAAGGCAAACUAGAAAAUGAGGAGUCAACAUUCUAUUAUGUGGUUUACCAAAUUCUAGUUGAGAGGUGGACAAAAAGUAGCACUCCUCUUCAUUGCCUUGCACAUUCAUUGAAUCCAAGGUAUUAUAGUACUACGUGGCUUGUAGGGAAUCGUGUUGCUCCUCACUUGGAUGAAGAAAUUUUGGCAAUGCGAAUGAAGUGCUUUAAGAGAUUUUUUCCGGACCAAGAUGAAAGGAGGGUUGUUAACAUUGAAUAUGCUAAGUUUUCUGGUUGUUUAGAUGGUUUUGGGGAUUCGGACUCAAUGGUUGAUAGAGGAGUGCUAGAGCCAAGAGUUUGGUGGUUGGUGCAUGGAGCUUCCGCACCUAUUCUCCAAUCUUUAGCCUUGAAAUUGCUUAGCCAACCAUGUUCUUCUUCAUGUCGCGAAAGAAAUUGGAGUACCUACUCUUUCAUUCACUCCAUGAGAAGAAAUAAGAUGACACCCCAACGAUGUGAAGAUUUAGUCUUCGUGCACUACAAUAUCCGUCUUCUUUCAAGGAGGCAACCACUUUACACCGAAGGAGAGACUAAGUUGUGGGACAUUUGUGGAGAUGCAUUUGAUUCAAUGGGGGGUGUUGGUAUGCUUGAAGUUGCUGAUCUUUCACUUGAUGAGCCAGAGAUGGAAGCUGUGAUCUUUAGAGAUGAAGUCGAUGAAGUUCAAGAUCCUUAA